AAGUGCCAGAACUGGUAGAGAUGUUGAAAGGCAUCUGUGAAUGAAAGCUGGAGUUGCCCUUCUAGGACUAUAUUAGCCCGUCAAGCUAGACUACUAUUUUUUGCCUCUGGAAGUGGCCUAGAUAGCCAGUUGGUUCAGGAGGUGAGAGAGAACUGCACAGUUGGCUGCAUAUAUUGUUCCCUGCUUUGGUCCCGAAGCACAAAGGUCAUGAGCAUUUGUAACUUCAUAAAUGUCUGAAGCAGAGCUGCGCUCUAGCCCUGACUUCUUCCAAAAUGCUUUUGUUUCAGGCAGGGAUUUUUGUUUCAGGCUCAUCUUUAAUUUGUAAAGUGUUUGUCUCCAUAAUACCUUAUGGCAGUGAAUUCCCCAGGUUGCUUAUGAGCUGUGGAUUGUGUUUAUGCCAGCAUUGCACCAGGGAUGAAUUUGACCAUAUCUUUAAAACAUCCUUGUUUCUGGUUGACAAUGAGUUGCAAUUUUUUAAUUUCCUCUUUUUUCCCCCCUCACAUGAAACUGCAGCGUUCGGCUGGAGUUUGCUGCAACAUUCAUAUUUUCAUAUAUGUAAUGUCAGAUGUGCUCUUCUGUCUAUUUUUUUUUUCCAGAUGAAAUAAUCCACAGUCGUUUACAUUUUCCUUCAUAUGGAACUCUUUCUAAUAAUUCUUGUUGCCCUUCUCUGGACCUUUUUUAUUGCAGUCAUGUCCUCUUUGAGAUGGGAUGAGCGAAAGUGAAUGCAGCAUUGUGCGGAGCUGAGGUGCAGAGAGAUGAACUUGUCCAAGAGCAUAAAGGACACAUGUGGAAGAGCUCAGAAUUGAACAUGCAUCUCCCCAGGAUCGGUGCUUCAGCCCCAUGACCCCAAUUUCUGUACUGGGUAUGGGGCUGAGACCUAGAGUGAAAUUCCGGCUCCACUGAGGCAGUCUUACCAGUGUGCCUGUUGCCAGCAAAGGUGUCUCCACUCGUAGAAAAAAUUAGCGACCACAAGGAUUUCAAGAAGCUUCUCAGGACGCGGAAUAAUAUAUUAGUGCUCUAUUCCAAAUCCGCUGCUGCUGCCGAAAGCCCACUCAGGUUACUGUCCGAUGUGGCCCAGGCGGUGAAAGGACGGGGCACUAUAAGCUGGAUAGAUUGUGGUGAUGCAGAAAGCCGAAAAUUAUGCAAGAAGAUGAAAGUAGAUCCCAGCUCAAAGGAGAAAGGAGUGGAAUUAUUACAUUAUAAGGAUGGUGCAUUUCAUACUGAAUAUAACAGAGCUGUCACACUAAAGUCCAUGGUGGCCUUUCUAAAGGAUCCAGAAGGAGCUCCUUUGUGGGAGGAGGAUCCAGAAGCCAAAGAUAUUGUACAUGUCGACAGUGAAAAGGAAUUCAGAAGGCUUCUGAAGAAGGAAGACAAGCCUCUUCUGAUGAUGUUCUAUGCUCCAUGGUGCGGCGUGUGUAAGAGAAUGAUGCCAGCUUACCAACAGGCAGCCACAGACCUGAAGGGUAAAUAUGUACUUGCGGGAAUGAAUGUUUACUCUGCUGAAUUUGAAAGGAUAAAGGAAGAAUACGGUGUCCGGGGAUACCCUACCAUCUGCUAUUUUGAGAAAGGAAAGUUCCUCUUCCACUAUGAGAACUAUGGUGCUACAGCAAAGGAUAUAGCAGAGUGGCUGAAAAGCCCUGUGCCACCGCAGCCGCAGGCCCCAGAGACUCCCUGGGCAGAUGAGGAGAGCGCAGUUUAUCACCUGACUGAUGAAGACUUUGACAAGUUUAUCAAGGAGCAUUCGUCUGUCCUGGUGAUGUUCCACGCACCAUGGUGUGGGCACUGUAAGAAAAUGAAGCCAGAAUACGAGAAGGCUGCAGAGUCCCUCCAUGUAGCCAAUGAUAGUCCAGGUGUCCUUGCAGCAGUAGAUGCUACCGCCAACAAGGCACUGGCUGAAAGAUUUCACAUCUCAGGGUUUCCUACACUGAAGUAUUUCAAGGAUGGAGAAGAGAAAUAUACUCUGCCACACCUCAGAACCAAGAAAAAGAUCAUUGACUGGCUACAAAAUCCUCAAGCACCACCUCCACCCGAACCAGCUUGGGAAGAAAAGCAAACAAGCAUUAUCCACCUUGUGGGAGAAGACUUCAAGGAAUCUUUGAAGAAGAAGAAGCAUGCCCUUGUCAUGUUCUAUGCCCCAUGGUGCCCACACUGUAAAAAUUCCAUCCCACAUUUCACAACCGCUGCCGAGCUCUUUAAGGAAGAUCGCAAGAUUGCCUACGCUGCAGUGGACUGUGCCAAAGAACAGAACCAUGACCUGUGCAAGCAGGAAGGUGUCGAUGGCUACCCCACCUUUAACUACUACAACUAUGGGAAGUUUGUAGAAAAGUACAACGGGGAGAGAGGGGAGGCCGGAUUUGCCACUUUCAUGCGAACCCUUAGAGAGAGAGACCAUGAAAGGGUAGGGAAGAAGAAGGAUGAACUGUAAUUUCUGCCUCAAAAGAAGCUUUCCACUGCACUGUGAAUGGUCCCAGGUCCAUUGUUACUGCGCCUGAGAUGUCACGAAUUCUAAAGACAGAGACUUUUUUUUUUUUUUUUUUUUUUUUUUUUUUUUAUAAAUAGCCAUGGUCAUUUUGUACAAUUUUGAAAUAAAGUGAAACCACUUGAUUUUUAAAGAAAAUUCAAUUAGAUUGUUGCCACAUUCUGUUAAACAAAAAAACAGCAUUCUCUCCUGUUGUGAGACUAUGCCCAUCAACACUCCUAUGCAAUAUUUUUGUAGUCGGUAGUGUGUCCGUAGAAGACCUCAUUUGACAAGGUAAAUUUUCUUUUCUUUUCUUUUCUUUUUUUUUUUUUUUAAGUGUUUUACAGUACACGUAAUAACUUUUUUUUAAAACAGUGGAGGAAAAUGGGACUUUUAAGAAACAAAAAAAGCCUGUUCAAAUGCAGUUUUACAUUCUUGCAAAAUAGUUACAUGCUCUUCAGAGAGAUUUGGGGGAACGAUUUUAAGGCGCUCAGGGAUAACAGGGUAACGGGGUUAAUGAAGACACUAGCAUUGACCAAUCCAGAUCUCGUUGAUUUUAAUUUUUAAUCCACUGUACUGGAAGUGUUUACAUAUCUUUGCAGAAUGUACUAAGUUGUUUUAAAUAAAAUGUCGAAGAUCAGCACAGUAGGGAUUAAAUGUAAAAUAAAUCUCACGUUUUAGCAGUUACGUUGUCAAGUGCCCCUGUAAAUUAUGGGGACGAAAUAAUAUAUAGGCUGUUGAAUUUUUUUUUUUUUCAAUUUAUGAUCAGGCCACAUGAAAUGCAUAUUGCAAGGUGUUAUAUUUAACAUUGUACAUUUGACAGAGGCACAGUAUUUUUGAUAUACAGAAAUGACACACACCAGUAUUUGUUUACAUCCCAAAAGCUUGUCCAUAUUGUAUGUUACAUAUAUAUAAAAAUUAAAAGAAAACCAAAACCUGAGUUAUGGAAUGUUAACAAUAUUUCUACAGCAAGUAAUCAUGUUAAAGGCAUACUGUGAACAUGUUACUGGAAAUUGCCCUCUGGAUACUACAAAGUUGUAUCGAUCUGAAGGUGCUUCUUAUGUCUUCAUAGUCGGGGUGGGGGUGUGUGAUUUCAUUUUGAUGGGAAAAAAAUAAAAAAUUGGAAACGA